UUCUCCCAGUCGGUCGGACCAUAAUUUAGCAGGGACUCCUUCCGUCGGUUGGAUAGCGAUACUUUCCCGGAGUUUAAUCGGAAUAAUUAAAAUAAUCAAUAAUCGAUCAAAGACAGCGACUCACACCAAGUUGAUGGCCUGUCUCGCUCCUCCCAUCCCGUCUGCUCUCGCCUCGUUUCUUUCCACGUUGCUUCCCUGCGGCUUUGCUGUGGGGCCCUCGCGGUUCUGUGGGGGCAGGCCGGGCCUGUGGUGGGUCGGCCACUCGCUGGAAGCUGGAUCCCUGCUGGGGAGAGACGGGGACACGGAGUGGGCCUCAAAACAUCACAACGAUCCGAUGACGCACAGCGGGGAGGAGGGUGAACUCGAGAUGAACUCUGAGUCCCAAACAGGCGAGACUAACAGCACAGAGGUAGAAAAGGUGCUGAUGGAGAUAGCAGCAAAUAAAGAAGCUUUACUUCAGAGCACCGUCUGGAUAAAAUUUGCCUGCCAGGCGCGUAGCAGAGCCCAGCAGAACGUGGCCGUGCAGUGUUCCUGUGGAGAGGUGUGCGCGGGCGAGUGUGCGGAUGUGUGUUUACAUGUGUGUCAGGACAUCCGACCGGGGACUGAGCUGCUGUUGUACAAAGACACCGCGGGGACAACGGACAAUUGUGACGCACAGGACGCUGGACACACAGGUGAGACAGAAAACAAAGUGGAAGACAAAAAAGACCCAGAGACUGAAGUGCCCAACAAAUCGAUCAUUCAAGAGAAGGAAGGGGGGACAAAGGGCGGACAGGAGGAAGAACUGCAAAGAAAACCACGCAGAUGCAUCAAGAGGAGACACCCAACCACAAACAUGAGGAAGAGGAGAGCCAAGAAGAUAGACAGGACAUCCAGCAGUGAUAACACGACAGUAGGAGGACACACAGAGAGGACAGGUAGUGUCCCAGCUGCUGUGGACAGACAGUCACACUGUAUAUACACAGGCUCUUCACCUCCUCCUGUCCGCUCCAGCUCCCGCCUGGCUGCUAAACCACGCCGCGUUCACUGUCUGACCAGCCGGGUGAAGCAGACAGAGGGACGGAGCCGGAGCUCCACCGAGAGCGCCGAGUCUGUCGCAGAGAAGGCGAUUCCCACGAAGGUAUCACAACCCGAAGAUGCCGCCGAAGCUCUCGCAGCAUCGUGCGCAGCCGAGGCGUCCAGAGAGGAUGUGGCUCCGACGUGGCGUCCGGAGAUCAGAGAGAGGCGGUACAAGUGUUCCAGCUGUGGUAAAAAGUUCUUCCAGAUCGGCCACUUAAAGAAACACCAGUUCAUUCACACCGAGGAGAAACCGUUCAGCUGCCAAGAGUGCGGGAAAAACUACACGUCUGCAGAAAGCUUCAGAGCCCAUCAAAUGAGUCACCGUGGGGAGCGUCCAUUCUCCUGUCCUCACUGUGAGAAGACCUACGGCCUGAAGCGGGACCUGAAGGAGCACAUGGUCCUGCACACCGGUGAAAAACCUUACGUCUGCGAGCACUGUGGCAAGGCAUUCGCACGCCGGCCCUCCCUACGCAUCCACCGCCUCCUUCACUGCAGCAGGAUGAUUUACACACAGCCUCCGAAGGUGCAGUGUACAGUCUGCCCCAAGCUGCUGGCUAACUCCGGCUCUCUGAGAAACCACAUGAAGCUCCACACGGGGGAAAAACCGCACGUCUGUCAGCACUGUGGGAAGUGCUUCAGUCAGAAAGGGAAUCUCGAGUGUCAUCUGAGGAUUCACAACGGAGAGAAGCCGUAUCCCUGCACCGAGUGCGACCAGAGCUUCUCCCAGAAACCGGAACUCCGUCGGCACAUGUUCUCCCACACCGGAGGAGGUUUCCUCUGUAGCUACUGUGGGAAAUCACUAAGGGACCCGCACAGCCUGAAGUCCCACGAGAGGCUGCACACUGGAGAAAGGCCCCAUCGCUGUCCUGUGUGUGAAAAAGGCUACACGUUGGCCACCAAGCUGAGGAGACACAUAAAGUCGUCUCACCUGAUGGAGAAACCUUACAGCUGCCACUGUGGCGCCUCCUACACUGUGAGACAAAGUCUGCUGAGGCACCAAGCGCAGCACCGCGCUGAGGGGGGAGCUCAGGAGGAGGCGAAGGCGGCAGAGUCGGAUGGAGAACACGGAGAGGAGGCGAACGACAGCAAGAAAGAGGAUGUGCAAGAGUUAGGCUCGAGUCACUCGAAGCCGGUCAGAGGCAGACCCAAGAAGAAGUCGCUCCGAGAGGAAGGAGAGAAGGAGGCGGGUCGAGUGAAGCAGAAAAGGGGACGAGGAAAGGGGGAGGAAAAGGAGGUGGGGCAGGUAGAGAGAAAAGGUGAGGAGACCUCAGGAGCAGGGAGGGGAGGAGAUGGGGAGGCUUCAGAUGACAUCCAACACACCGUCGUCUACGUCCACACAGACGACCUGUCUGCGGAGAGCUCGCUGCCUGCGGGGAUGGGGCAGGAGCUGGUGGAGGUGGUGAUAUCGGAGGGCGCGGACCAGUGCAUUGUGGUCCACGGGCAGCAGACGGUAGGAGAGCUGCUGAUCUUACAGGAGGAGGGGAGCGGACUCUGCUCCGUGGCUCAGACGGUCGAGAUAGACACAGUGUAGCCUGGACCGGAGCCAGGACGUCAUCGAUUCAUGACCUUUCCUCAAACUACCUCGUGCACCUUUUCUUCAGCUUAUUAUAACGUGCACGCCUCAGACUACCUCUGCACAUCAGACAUGAACCCAUUAGACGUAAUUAGCUGCUGGAAGGGAGCCGCUCUGAUGUUUCCCAGUCGACAACUAGAGGAGUCAAGGUCCUGCCUGUAGAUUCCAACAUGUUUUUAUGAAUUCACAUUGUGUGUGUGUGUGUGUGUGUGUGUGUGUGUAAAAUCUGCUCUCUGAGCCUCUUAGACUGGAUUUUGUUUUGUUGCACUGUUUGAGUCUGACACAAAGCCGACGUUUACUGUGGAGGCUUAAGAUAAAAAACUUAAACACACUUAAACUGAAGUUGUGCUGGGAAUAUCUCGACAUGCCACGGCGUCUUCUGGAUUUAGACGUUUUGUUGUUUACUGGAGCUGAACUGGAAUAAAACAACAAAAUACUCAGA